GGCCACUAUCAUAGCGCGACCGGUCUGACGUUACACUUCAUAGCGAGCGAUGGCUGUGCUCUAGUAAUUGUGAGCUCAACACUGCUCAAUCAUGUGCCUUGCUUGGGAAAAUGGCGGCCGACUCAUUCAUACUUCCGAUACCUACCACACAGUAUCGGUCUGAUCUCCUCCUACUUGUCAUCGGUCACUUUUUUAUAUCGCCCAGCUGAGCCAGCUCUAUGUCUGAGUCUUUGAGCCAAGGCGUAUCCCGCAAAGGCAGAAAGAAGGCACUCCUCAUCGCGGUGAGGCAUGUAAUGGGGAUCGAUCAUUGGCUCCGCCACACACACUAUGAUGUACAAGAGUUCAAAGAGCUUCUUAUGGAUCAGUAUGGCUACGCUGAAGAUGAUAUUGUGAUGCUGGUGGACAACCGCGAAUUGCACAAAUCAUUAUGGCCUUCUGAAGUUAAUAUUCUCAAGAGGAUCGAAUGGCUCGUUGAAGAUGUUGGAGAGCACGACAGGCUGGCAUUCUACUACUCGGGUCAUGGCGGACAGACUAUUUGCCACCAUGAUAGUGAAGAUAAUGGUCAAGAUCAAGCUAUCUAUGAAUAUAAGGGUGGCAAGAUCAUCGACAACGUCCUGAAGCAGCAUCUGGUGGAACCAGUGUUGAAAGCGAAGGGUUGUCAAUUGUUCGCUGUGUUCGAUUGCUGUCAUUCCGGAACUAUCCUCGACCUCAAGCAUUCUAACUGUUGCUUUGCAUCACCGUCCCCUGUUAAACCCGUUGCGACCUCCAGCCAGCAAAGCGACAUGGAUGCAAGUCGAGCACCCCUUGUUGAGAAAUGGUCAUGGUUGUCGAAAAAAUAUCAUAUUUCCCUCCCGGUAAGCAUACCGCGGCUGAGCAACAAAGUCCUGGUUAUGUCUUCGCAGUCCGCUAUUGGGCUUAUAAAUCGUGUCGUGUUACAUCUUCACAAUCACGCUGCGAGAAUACUGAAGGUCUUUCUCUCGAGCACACCACCUUGUGCUAAUGAAGUCAAUGGACUUGUGCAGACUGCACCUUCAAGACCACCAGUCUCAGUCAAUACUGACUUUGUUUCUCAGUCUCGCUGGCUCACGUCCCCACAUCGGACCGCGAUGUCACCCAUCUCAAUGUACCCAAAUUGCAAAUGCAAAGGUACUUGUGUCAUGACUGCAGAAGAAGAGAAUCAAGGUCGUGUUGUGUGCCUGUCAGCUUGUAGAGACAGCGAAGAGGCACAUGACGAUAAUAUGACAGGUGCGACUUUCACAAAGUUUUUUAUUUCUUCUCUCAGGAAGAACUCCAGUAUUUCUUACCGGGGCUUACUUGACGACGUCUCAAGUUGCCGACCUUGAGCAAACGAGGUUAGCAGUGAUGUGGAGAAAGACUUUUGGCCGGUUUCCGGUUCGAAGGAAACAAUUCGAGGUCACAUCAGAAAGUUCAAUCGACCGGAAAGGCUUAACUCAAGAACCUCGA